AUGCAGCGUUCCAAGCACGAGGACAAAGAUGAGAGCGCCACGCCUCAGCGGCUGCUGCCGUUCCACAACUCCACGCCAGCGAAUGCUACUGUGCAAGCGUCGCACUUCCCGGCUCCAGUCCCAGCCGCAGUGCCAGUGCCAGUUACACCGCCUGUGGCGGAUGCUGUGCCCAAGCCAGAAGUAGUCGCCACUAGUGAUGCCCCAGAUGUGGAAUUCGGUCAGCCAGGCCAGCAGCCUCGUCAGUUCGAUGUGUGCCAAAAGUGCAGCAAAAUGGAAGUGAAGCGUGGCUCUGGUCACAAGAGUAAUUUUCUCGCAUGCAAGAGUUGCCAGCAAAAAUGGCAUUUUAACUGCCUUCCGCUCAAAUUUGAUGUCCUGGCCGUUGCACGCAAGAAGUACAAGUGCCCGGCUUGCCGCUACUGCCGCGUUUGCGGUACUAAGGGCAAAGAUCUGGCCAUCUGCUCUGAGUGCGUAUAUUCCUACCACCGCGAUUGCCAUGAUCCGCCAUUGGCCGCCUCUAGUCUUGGCGAGAGCCAGUGGAAAUGCCACGGCUGCGAGUUCGGCACUAACCACCAUAACAACUAUUCGGCCAGUGAAGUUUCUGGACGCAAAUCACACACGGGACGCAAGAGGCGCGCCCAGCCGGAUCCCGCUGGUCAGGAGCAGUCGCCACCAGCCAAGCAGGCCAAACUUCAGCAAGAAUCGAAGGAGCAGUCAACAAAAGCAGACGCAGACUCAGUCUCAGUCGCCGCCACAGUCCUAGAACCAGCCACCAAGAAUUGUGAACCAAAGGAAGAGGAAAAACUCAAAAAAGAUAAAAUCGGGGGCAAGGACGACAGUGAGAGUGAGGGCGAGAAAAAUCGUAUGUCUACGGAUGAACUUAAUGUGUCAAUGGAGCCUCCAGAAAUAAAUCUGGAUGAACCUGUACAAGAACAAUUGGAUGAAAAUGGGCCAGAAAAUCAGGCCGAAGGAGCUCUUCCCGAGGAGAGUCAGAAAUGCCGCUGGAGAACAUGGACCAGCAGCCAUUGGAAGCGGCGCUCAAACGGCGUACAGCUUAGAGCUAAAGAGUGCGACUUUGCUCCGAUCUUUAAAGGAAUGGUUAUUAAGGAUGAUUUAGAAACAAAAUCGGUUGUGGACAAAGUCGAUCUGUCUCAUUUGGGAAUAGACCAGAAGCGUCAGGUUGAAGUGUUGAUAAAAGAAUACAAUCCGGUGACAUCGAUAGUGUCUCCCGUCAGCAUGAAGAUUGACAAUUUCCCCAUGAGCUUGAUGGACGACGUUCUCGAUAGGUUGCAAGGUUCUAAAAUAUUCACUACACUGGACAUGAUGAACGGAUUUUUCCAUGUGCCGAUUGAGGAAGAGUCUAGAAAGUUCACAGCCUUUGUAACGCAUAACGGGCAAUACGAGUUCACACGCGUACCGUUUGGUAUUACAAACUCACCUGCUGUGUUUUGUCGAUAUGUCAGUGCAGUGUUGAGGAAUCUUAUACAAACUCAGACGAUUGUGGUUUAUAUGGACGAUAAGAUCAUACCAACUAAGAAUGUGAAGGAAGGACUGGUGGCGUUAGGAAGAUGUGAUAACUGUGUGGUUUCUAAUGACUCGCAUUCGAAAAUUGACGAAAUUAAUGAUAAGGUUCUGAAGCUUGAAAGCCUUUAUCGGGAUCUCAAGUCGGACUUACAGGGCCUUUCCGUCAAUCCUAAGCGGGUGAAGCCUACUAGGAAAGAGGCCAACAAGCCCAUGCCAGCGGCUGACUUGUUGUCUCCGCGACUAGGGGCCGCCACCUCGACGGCGGUCAUUGAACCGGAAUCAGCUGCUGCUCUUCCACAGUGA